AUGUCCUCACUCUUUAAAAGGACCAUGGAAAACAGCUUGGCAAGUCAAGCAGUAGCAUUUUCCCUCAUGGAGGCUUUCAUGGUGGUGAACAUCCUGCUGGAGAAACUUGAUCACCGUGGAAAGCCUGAAGUAUGUAAGGAGGAGUGAGUGGCUGCUGACGCCUCGAGCUGUUACCUGACUUUCCAUAAGCUGAUUCUCCAUCUCCAGGGAGGCAAAGAGCCAGGGUGGCUCAAACAGCUCUUCAUGGACUUCAUCUCAUUUACCUUGAAGCUCAUUCUUAAACGCCAGGUCUGUAAAGAAAUUAACUACCUUUUCCAGUUGCUAGCUGUCUUCAUACAAGUCACAGCAGGAAAUCCUGUCACCAUCCAAGCUUCAUAUGUGGAAAAGAAACUGGUUUUGUAUCUCUCUGACUCUGAGAUAAUACUUAAAGUGGUUAAAUGUGCAGCCAAUAUAACUGGGAAUGACAAGUCAUUAAGGCACUUCCUGAAGACUAUCAUCAUCAUUGCUGGAAUCCCAGAAGUGAUUUCAAGGAUUGAAGGAGCUAUAACUUCACUGAUGAACAGUAAAGGAAUCCACUUAUUUUAAAUAAUAAGUCUUGAGAUCAUUACCAGAAUGAUAAGAAUACCUGAUUCUACAGAUGGACUUUGGCUUCCCCCAUCAUUUGCUGCUUGA